AUGUCUGAUAAGUUAGAUAGAGUGAAAUCCAUUGCGACUUACAAUGGACCUGAAUCACAAGUACCAGACUUAUUCCAUGAAGAUCUUACAUCCAAGAAGUCACAUGAAUUCCCUCCUGCUGAAUAUCCAAAUAUCAGCUAUCAAAAUAGUUAUCAUGUCCAUGAAUAUAAAGAAGAAGAAGUUGCAGUAUUAGAUUGGUUGAAAAAAAUCUUUGCUAAUCCUUUACAAAAAAUCUUUGAUUAUUUAGUUUCAUUAUUUCCAAUUGCUAAAUGGAUUUUACAUUAUAAUGGUAAAUGGUUAUAUGGUGAUUUAGUUGCCGGUAUUACUGUUGGGGUUGUCUUAGUUCCUCAAUCAAUGUCAUAUGCUCAAGUAGCUACAUUACCUGCUCAAUAUGGUUUAUAUUCUUCAUUUGUUGGUGUUUUUAUUUAUUCAUUUUUUGCAACCUCAAAAGAUGUUUCUAUUGGUCCAGUUGCUGUUAUGUCUUUACAAGUUUCAAAAGUUAUUGCUGCUGUUCAAGCUGAUUUUGGUGAUAAAUAUGGUGCACCUGAAAUUGCUACUUUCUUAUCUUUAAUCUGUGGUGGUAUUGCUGCUGCUAUUGGUGUUUUAAGAUUAGGGUUCAUUUUGGAAUUUAUUUCUAUUCCUGCAGUUAUGGGUUUCAUGUCUGGUUCUGCCCUUAACAUUAUUGUUGGUCAAGUUCCUGGUUUAAUGGGUUACAAUAGUUUGGUUAAUACAAGAGUUGCGACUUAUACAGUUGUCAUUAAUACUUUAAAAAAUUUAAAACACACAACUGUUGAUGCUGCAUUUGGAUUAGUUUGUUUAUUCAUCUUAUAUCUUUGGAAAUAUGGUACUGAAUUUGGACAAAAGAGAUAUCCAAAAUAUAAAUUGUGGUUCUUUUACACUCAACAAUUAAGAAAUGCAAUUGUUAUCAUCGUUGCUACUGCUAUUUCUUGGGGUGUUGUUCAUCCUAAAAAAGUCGCCUUCACAGGUCCAGCAGGUACUUUCAAACCACCAAUCUCUACCAUUGGUGUUGUUCCAAGGGGUUUACAAAAUGUCGGUGUCAUGACUGUCCCAGAUGGUAUUUUUAAGGCCAUGGCUUCUGAAAUCCCAAUUUCCACAAUCAUUUUAUUAUUAGAACAUAUUGCCAUUUCAAAAUCUUUUGGUAGAGUUAAUGAUUAUAAAGUUGUCCCAGAUCAAGAAGUUAUUGCUAUUGGUGUUACCAAUUUAAUUGGUACUUUCUUUAAUGCUUAUCCUGCAACUGGUUCCUUUUCUAGAUCUGCCUUGAAAGCUAAAUGUGGUGUCAGAACUCCAGUAGCUGGUCUCUUUACUGGUGCUGUUGUUUUAUUAGCCUUAUAUUGUUUAACUUCUGCUUUCUACUAUAUUCCAAAGGCAACUUUAAGUGCAGUUAUUAUUCAUGCUGUUUCUGAUUUGAUUGCUAAUUACAAGGUUACUUGGUCAUUCUGGAAGAUUAGUCCACUCGAUUGUGGUAUCUUUGUAAUUGGUUUAAUCAUUACAAUCUUUUCAUCAAUUGAAAGUGGUAUUUAUUUCGCCAUUGCUGCUUCUGCUGCCGUCUUAUUAUUCAGAAUUGCUAAACCUCAUGGUCAAUUCUUGGGUAAAGUUCAAGUUGCCGAAAUUGUUAAUCCAAUUAUUAUUGAAGCUUCAAACGAUGAUACUGAAGAUGAUUCAACCAGUAGUGAUAACAUUGAAAUUCAUCAAGUUUUAUCUAGAAAUCCAAGUUAUAAAUCUACCGAUAAAUCAAAAGUCAAUGUCAAACAAUCAGUUUCUCAACAAAACCUUCCAAACAUCAAAUAUCACACCAGAUGGGUUCCAUUAACCAAAGAAAACAUAAAUUCCGGUGUCAAUGUUACUCCACCGCCUCCAGGUGUUAUUGUCUUCAAACCAGUCGAAUCCUUCACUUAUCCAAACGCAUCCAAACAAGUCGACCGUGUUUCUGAUGAAGCAAAGAGAUUAACUAGAAGAGGAAAACCAUACGACUUGCACGAUGUUGGUUCUAGACCAUGGAACGAUCCAGGUCCAUUACGUUGGAAAUUACCAUUCGGAAACAAAAAUAAAUCCACAAUUGAAGAUGAUAAACAGGAAGAUGAUCAACGUCCACUUUUACGUCUUGUUCAUUUCGACUUUUCUACAGUUGCAAGCAUUGAUGUUACUUCCAUUCAAGCAUUAGUUGAUUUACGUAAAGCAUUAAACAAUUAUGCUGAUCGUGAAGUUGAAUUCCACUUUUCUGGUAUUUUAAACCCUUGGAUUAGAAGAGGAUUGAUGAAUGCUGGAUUUGGUACUUAUGAAGAAGGAUUGGUUUCUGAAAAGACAUUCGUUAAUGUUAUUGAUGAUUUGGAAUCUAGUGGAGAUUAUGUUGCUGCUAUCAGUACUGACACUCCAUUCUUCCAUUUGGACAUUCCUGAUUAUAGAGACUAG